AGCCCACCGCGUUCGGCCGCCGCCGUCCCACGGCGGGGCCGCCCGCGGGGCCGCCCGCCGUCGCCCCCGCGGGGGCGUCGGCCAGCCGGCGAUGCCGGGCAGCGGCGCUGGCUCGGCGGCGCGGGGCAGCCAGAGCUGCGCCCAGCUCAGCAGCACCAUGGCCGUGCUGAGCCUCGCGGAGGCCCAGGCGCUGGCGCAGCGGGCGGGGCAGAUGGCGCUGGACCCCGCGGUGCAGGCGCUCGCGAAGGAGAAGGCUUGCGCGCAGAUGGUGCUGGGCUUGGACAGAGCAGUGAAAGACAAGGAAGAGAUGCAGCGGACGGCGCUGAUCACCAAGUCCAGGGAGAAGCUCGCCCUCCAGCACCAGGACCGCGAGGGCCUCAGGAUGAUGGCCGAGGAGAAGCGGCGGCGCCGGGAGCUGGAGCGGGAUGCCCUGGACGUGUCGCUGCGGAUCUCCGAGGGCAACCGGCAGAAGGAGAAAGCCCUCCUGCGCCUCGAGGCAGAGAAAGAGCGGCGCGACCUGCAGUCUUCGCUGAACAAGGACCCCGACGCUCUGGCCAAGGAGGAGUCCAGGCGGCGGCUGCAGGCCGCGAAGGCUUUCCAGGAGGAGAACUACGCGUUCUACUCGACCGCGAUCGGGCUGCCGGGACAGGCGGAAGUUCUCAAUGCCAAGCGCCGGAUGGAGGACGAAGAGCGCAGGCGGGGCACGAUGAGCGACAUGUUCUAUGCCAGCCGCGAGGAGGCCCGCCGGCGCCGGGCACAAGACACCCAGAGGACGCUUCGCUUGCAGCAGCAGGAGAUCGUGGACCGCUCGGCCCAGGCCGCCGCUGAGAGGCGGUUGGACAAGGAGUACGCCGACGCCGAGGCCAGGAAGGGCCUUAAGGCCCUUCAGGAGAAGCGGCGCAAGGCCCUCGACAAGGAGGUGGAGAACCAGAGAGACCUUGCUGCCGCCAUCGCGGCCAAGGAUGCCAGCGACGCCUUCAGCAGCACGCGGAAGACGGCAGCGCUCAGCACGAUGCGGUCUGCGCCAGCAUUCUCUCGUCAGCUGGAUGCUCCUCUGUUCCUCGACAGGCCCCUUGGCCGCCCCAUGGGAGACCCCGUCUCGUGGGCCACGUCCCUGGGCACGCCCAAGCCCGUGGAGCUGCCGCCCAUGGAGGACCCUGCGGCGUCCGCAACGAGCGGCCGGGGCGUGGGCGGCCCGCGGAGCGCGGCCGGCCCAGGCCCAGGCAGCCCCCUGCUGAAGGGAGCGGGGCGCGCGGCCGGAGCGCCGGGCAGCGCCCCGCCGGGCGGCCUGGCCUGGUCUCAGGACCUCAGCCCGGAGGCGCUCCGGGCGGCGAAGAGAUCGGCACGCGAGCGCCAGGCCGCCAAGCGGCUGCAGACGGCGGUCUGAGCCGCCGCCCUCCGCCGUCGCAGACGGACCCGUGAGGCGCGAGCCAGCCUGGGCACGCGAGGCGGCGUGCCCUCGAGGAGGAGCGGCGUCGAGGAGGAGGAAGAUCUCGGGGGGCUCGAGCCUCCCGCGCGCCCCACGCCUCUCCGUGCGCCGCCGGCAUCGGCGGCAGGCCCUCCUCCAAGAGGACGGGCGAGGAGCACCGACCCCGCUUGUUCGAUCGCACCCCCGCCGGCGAAGCCGGGCGGCCUGGCCGCGAUGGGGCGGGCGCGACGGGGCGACCGCGGUGGGCAGGUGCGGUGCCGAGGAAA